GGUCUGGUGUAUAUAAAGGUGCUGCAGAGGCAGUCGCUUCAUAGCACUACUCACAGAGCAUCAACAGAAACGCACGCUGAGCACCAGUGAUCACAACAACAAGGAUGGACCCACAAGACUGCAAGUGUGCCACAGGUGCUUCCUGCUCCUGUGGAGAUUCCUGCAAAUGCAAAGACUGCAAGUGCACAUCAUGCAAGAAAAGCUGCUGCUCUUGCUGUCCUGCCGGAUGCAGUAAAUGCAGCCAGGGCUGCCAGUGCACAAAAGGAUGCGACACCUGCAGCUGCUGCAACUGACCUGCUGCAAGCCUGACAGCACAUGUGAAAUAGAUGCUAGUGUUUGUCUUCUGAUCUGUCUCUGUUGCAGUAUUUGUCUGUUUAAUAUUGUAAAUGAGUGUCCUUGUUAGUUUUUUUUCAUAAUAAAGAAACGCAUUAAAAACC